GUUUAUUCCUAGAAGGUAUUACGUUCAUCUGAGCUAUUUAAAUUUGAUUUCCGAAACUAUUUCGCCUCUAAUUUCUGACUAGAAGCUAAAGGAUAGUCGUUGGAACAACAACCAUCCGCAUAAAAUGGGAACCCGUAAAAAAGGAUUGGAAUUCGCUAAACACAUCACGGAGAUCAUCACCAAAUCCACGGGCUUUGAAAGUCACCUACAGAAGAUUAAGAUUUUGGAUGGCGGCGAUGGAGCCUGUACUGCCGAACUGAAAGUGGACCUGGAUCAUGUGAACUUGUAUAAGUUUAUGCAUGGUGGCUAUAUCAUGACCCUGGUGGACAUGGUAACCACCUAUGCCCUGAUGUCCAAACCCUGUCAUCCCGGAGUUUCGGUGGAUCUCAGUGUAAAUUUCUUGAAUGGUGCCAAACUGGGUGACGAUGUGGUGAUUCAGGCCAAUCUUUCGAAGGUGGGAAAGUAUUUGGCCUUCAUCGACUGUACGCUGAAGCACAAAAAAGAUGACACUGUCAUAGCCAAGGGAACCCAUCUGAAAUACAUCAAAUUUGACUAAGUCAAGGAGGUUCCUUAGAUGAUAAUAUUAAAUUGUUGGACACUUAGGAAGCUACUUUAAUAAAGUGUUAUUUUUCUUUAAAAA